AUGCUUUGCCUAAACCUAUCUACCCUUAUACUUCUCCUGCCUCCAUUCCUCGCACCCAUAUUUGCCAAAGAUACCAACCUACUCGGGUGCAAUGAACUCUCUUGCCCAAAAGAAGGGACCAACGACCGCUGCAAGACUGAAGGUAAUAUCUUCCUAGGAGUCGGUUUAUCACCCUUCUCAGUUGCGCCGGCACUAAAAGGCUUAUCCAUUCUCAAAGAUGUCAACGUAUCAACUAGACUGGCCGGCAAGGACAAUGAUAAGCCAACCCGUCCAUUCAAAUCAAUUUACUACCGCGCAACGCCGGAGGAUGCAAAGCCCCCAAACCUCCAAGGCUGCGCUGUGAUCUUCAACGAUCCACCGCGAAAGAAGUUCAAAGGAUCUGAGCUGGAAGGCAGGAAUGGAAUUGAUACCUGUGCAGCGACGGAGACGUGUUCCGAUAUGAUUGAGCAGCGGGCGACCAAUGUGACUGAGAAAUCCCAACGGGACUGGACUAUCUGUGACAAUGUCGAGCAAGAAUUGAAGAAUGAUUUCAAUGAAUGCAGUGGGUUUGGGGGCGGAGAUACUUCGCUGGGAAACUUUAGUGUCAAGUCAUUUGGGGAUUUCUACGAAGAUUGCUGGCCAGUGCAGCAAAAGUCUGAUCGGUUGAUGGAGAUUGCCGAAGUUACUUUUGAUGUGAACUACUCGGCCAACGCUCUGAUUGGAGAGGCGUAUAAGGUUACUCCAGUUUUGAGUAUUUUCGUUGGAAAUGGCAGUGUGGAACGCACCUCUCUCACAUGUCUGAGGGUGGUCACCGAUGUGAACCCUAGUGAUGGUGGCUCUGAAACUUCAGCAGCGGCCCUGAAGUAA